CUCCCCUUAAAAUAAUCACACACUUUACACCCUCUCCUCUCUCUCCUCCCCACUCCUGUGUGGGUGCGAUGGGGCAGCAGAGCAUAGAAGCCCCACUUCUGGGCAGAAAUGGGCAGACCCAUAAGAAGAGAUGGAGUAGAGCUCUGCUGUUCUUCCUUGGAUUCAUCGCCAUCACAUUUAUUGGCCUUACCCUAGGAGGCAACAUAAGUGUAUGGAAAUUGAGGGGCGGGAACAAACACGAUGAGAAGAUACAGACUGGAGAGACAGAAAUUGUUGAGUCAGAUGAGGCAGUUGUUGCUGCGGAUGAUGGACGUUGCUCUGAGAUUGGUGCAUCCUUUCUUAGACAGGGUGGCCAUGCCGUUGAUGCAGCAGUGGCAACCACUUUGUGCCUUGGCGUUGUCAAUCCCAUGUCAAGCGGAAUAGGUGGCGGGGCUUUCAUGCUUGUUCGAUCUUCAUCAACUUCACAAACCCAAGCAUAUGACAUGAGGGAAACUGCUCCCUCAGCUGCCUCACAGGACAUGUAUGAGAACAAUUCUGCAGCCAAGUAUGUGGGUCCACUUUCAGCCGGUGUCCCAGGUGAACUGGCUGGCCUGCAUGAAGCUUGGUCAAAAUACGGGAAAUUGCCUUGGAAGACUUUAUUCCAACCUGCUAUAAAACUUGCCAGAGAAGGGUUUGUGGUUGCUUCGUGUCUGGGAUCAUCCAUUUCCAGUAAUGGAAAACUGAUAAUGGCUGACAUCGGAUUACGACAAGUGUUUGCACCGAAUGGGAAGUUGUUACAACCCGGUGAUAUGUGCUACAAUGUGGAGCUUGGCCACAGCUUGGAGGCAGUAGCGGAAAAAGGACCAGAAGCUUUCUAUAAUGGAACAAUAGCGGAAAAUCUAGUUAAAGACGUGAGAGAUGCUGGUGGGAUUUUGACAAUGGAAGAUUUGAGGAACUACAAAGUGGAUAUAACUGAUGCGAUUGCUUUCAACUCAAUGGGAUACACCAUCUUAGGAAUGCCCCCUCCAUCAAGUGGAACGCUUGGGCUCUCUCUGGUUCUAAACAUAUUGGAAAGCUAUGGAAAUUCUGACGCGGCCAAGGGUUCUAUUGGGCUACAUCGCCUGAUAGAAGCACUGAAGCACAUGUAUGCUGUCCGGAUGAACCUAGGUGACCCCGACUUUGUAAAUAUCAGCAAUACCAUAUCUGACAUGAUUUCGCCUUCUUUUGCCAAGAAACUUCAGCAAAAGAUAUUCGACAACACCACUUUUCCUCCUGAAUACUAUAUGUAUAGGUGGAGUCAGCUUAGAGACCAUGGAACCAGCCAUUUCUGCAUUGUAGAUGCAGAUCGAAAUGCUGUAUCAAUGACAACAACAGUAAAUUAUCAUUUUGGAGCAGGGUUGCUCUCACCGUCCACUGGUGUUGUUCUAAAUAACGAGAUGGGUGAUUUCUCUACCCCCACUGAAAUAUCGCCCGAGCACCUCCCCCCUGCUCCCACUAAUUUUAUCAGACCUAACAAAAGACCCUUGUCCUCCAUGACCCCCAUCAUAGUUCUCAAGGAUAAUCAGCUGGCUGGGGUCAUCGGAGGUAGUGGUGGUUUACUGAUAAUUCCUGCAGUAAUCCAGGUUUUCGUUAACCAUUUUGUUUUGGGUAUGGAACCUUUGGAUGCUGUUCAGAAUCCAAGAGUCUACCACAAGCUAAUUCCAAAUGUAGUAUUGUACGAAAACUGGACCGUGAUUGAUGGUGAUCAUAUCGAGCUCCCGGAUGAGAGAAAACAUUUCUUGGAAGAGAGAGGUCACCAACUGCAGGCCUGUAGUGGAGGUGCUAUCUGCCAGCUUGUUGUUCAAAAUCUUGGAAACAACAACGCUUUCGAAAUGGGGAGAAAACAUGGGAAAGUUCCUCCCCAUGACCAAAUCUUCCAUGGAACUCUUACUGCAGUAAGUGAUCCCAGGAAAGAUGGGCGGCCAGCAGCCGUCUGAUCAUUAGCUAUUAUUGGGUGAAUCUCUUCACCGUUCGUUGUAUUGCUGUAUCUAUUGUAGCGAACAUCCUUCCCAUUCAUGUAUGUGUAUAAAGAAGACGAAUUGGGUGAAUUGUAGUGUCACUGGUCCAUAGUUCAUCAGGUCAUAAACGAAUACGAACGCCAGAAUAUCAGAACGUAAGUUUUGCCGCUGUUCGAAAACAAGAACGUAAGUUUUGCCUGUUUUGGACUGCUGCUAUCUUAGUACUAUAUGAUUUCAUUUCUUCCAAUUUAAUUUGAUUCCCUGGAA